CAAGCCCGGACACAUCCAUCCCGCAGCAUCCCACCGUGUUGUUCUCCUCCCUCCAGCGUUCAUUUUGAACCCAAUAUACGAGAAAUAACACUAAGGGCGCGACGCUAAUUGGGAAUAUUUGGCGUUUCUUGACACAUAAAAACGCAGAACUCUCUGACGGGUGAACGGGAACAGCCCCGUCGGAUAUUUACAAUUUUGGCUAAGCACUUGCUAGCUCGGUGCGGGGCUCGCACUGGUUAGCGGCGGGUUCAGCUGCAUUGCUAGCCCCGCAGUGCAGCGGCCGGCCGGCCGGCCGGGGCGUGUUGUGGCAGUCAGGCCGGGAACAAGUCGAAGCUCGUCGGCUUGUUUUUCCAAGAGCUUCGCGGGCGAAUAUAACCCAGCGUCGACCUUGAAAGUUAUAACGAGAUGACAUGUUAUUUAUAGCUAGUGGACUGCUCGGCUGUGUAUUUGUGAGUAGUACAAACGUCAAAUGAAACCAAUGAAAUGAUCUCAAUUAGGAACCGUCAUCUCCCGUCAAGCUUGUAUGAAAAAGCCCAAAAUGACAGCGUCGCGUUGACGCUCCUCUUGAACAACAACUGGCAAGCGGUAGCCUCCUCCAUUGAAAACAAUGGGAAGCGUUAGCAUCGAGCUAGCUGUGGCGGCCUCAAUGGGGCGGCCUCAAUUACACCCCAGCAAAAAAACACACACUGUGUUUGACAAUAUUUGGGUAGGCGUCAACAUCCUACACUGAUUUUAUGUUCUUGUGUGACCAAAUAAGGCAGCGCGGAUGAUUAGUGGUUAGCGCAUCUGCCUCACAGUCCUGAGGUUUGGGGUUCGAAUCUCAUUUGGAUGUUCUCCCGGUGCUUGUGUGCGUUUUCCAAUGGCUUCUUCUCACAUUCCAAAAACAUUCUUGGAGACUAAUUUAUCCAUAGGUGUGAAUGUGAGCAUACUGUAAAUUGUUUGUCUAUAUGCCUGCGAUGGGCCGGCCGAGUGGUUCUUAACCUUGUUGGAGGUACUGUACCGCGCAAGUUUCAUACAUGCAUUCACAGAACCCUUCGUAAUUGCAAAAAAUAAAAUCUGCUUUAUGUCAAAUUCAAAACGGGUAUAGAUCUUAUUUGUGCACAAAAUCAGCCUUCAACCAACAAAACAUGAAUUUCACACAAAUAUUUCAAUUCAAUGAAAAUUUACUGUCAAUCAAUGUGAAAUUUGCUAUUGCCUUUCACCUUGGCAAGCGCCACCUUAAUAUCAUUUUCACAACAAAGUCUGAUCCUUAGUUUUUGUGUCUACAGUCCUCGAAACGAUUGUUGGCUGAGAUACGCUUGGUGCAAGCUUGCCUAUAUUUGGAAGUGGUUGAAGUAGCACGGAUGCUUUUCCUACUUGUCGGUCUAUUGCUAUCUUAGAUAUGAACAAACGGUAGAUUCAACUCGCCCUUUAGAGCCGCGUGCCUACAGCGACGCUAAGCUAGUAGAGGCAAAGUGUCAGCGUGCCUCCGCAUUGUGCUGCAUGCGCUUUCACACAACGCCGUACAAUCCCAACAAGGGCACUGUGAAUAACCUUUCAUCGGUAAGAAUCUUUUUGGCGCCCUUUUUUCCAAAUGUUCUCUAUUAACAGAACAUGCUUUGACGUUGACAAAAAACUUGAACCUCAUGAAAAUCGGUUGAGAAAUGAGCAAGCUCAUAUUUAUUUCCAAUGUCCAUGCAUUGCCUUGGAUGGGAACGUUGCCCUCACCACGUAGGCACUGAGCCAUGCUGCUACAGCGCGCUGUAGUAUGUAGGCUUCUAUUCAUGCCUGGAAUCAUUCACGCAUUCCCUACUCCUACUAGUGAAGUGCGAGAUCAGGGGUUUCAGACUCAUUUUUGUCACGGGCCACAUUUGUUGUUAUGGUUUCCCUCAGAGGACCGUUAUGACUGUGAAACCGUAAACAGUAAAUUUUUCAUUGUCUCAUCAUAGUAUUACACACAACAAAUAAAUUGGAUAACUAGUUUUGAAAUCAGAAGUCAAAGAUAAUUGUUUGUUCAGCUAUUGUUCAAGUUACUGUAAAAAGAGGUAGGGAGAUACUUUAUUCAUCCCAUAAGGGAUGAAUAUGAAUAUGAGGAUUUGAAAUUUUGGUACACAUUUUAACAAGAAUCAUGGAAGUUGACACAUGAUUUGGUUUCGCGGGCCACAUAAAAUAAUGUGGCGAGCCGAAUGUGGCCCGCCGGCCUUGGGUUUGACACCAGAGUGCUAGAUGUUAACUCGUAGAAUUUUAUGAUGUAGUACUUUUGAUGUAGUAAUUUUAUGAUGUAGUAUUUAGCAUGCAGUUGCAACUAGUGCUCUCGCUAGUAAUGUAGUCGUUCUACUAGUGCGCAGAAAUGUCAUACAAGAGUGGAAGACAGUAGUGGGGGAAAAAAAAUCACAAAUAAGACAUAGUCGUUCUACUUAUAUGCAGAAAUAUGCAGAAGUGGAAGGCAGUAGUAGAAAAAAACAUCAAUACUAAGACACAUAGUAGUCGUUCUACAAGCGCACCUUAGUCAUUCUACUAGUGUGCCUUAGUUGUUCUACUGGUGCACCUAAGUCGUCCUACUAAUGAACAGAAAUGUCAAACAUGAAUAGAAGGCAGCUGCAGGAGUGGAAAAAAAUGUCACAAGCAGGUUCCUGAGGCCGCCGACGGACGAGACCCGGCCAUGUUGUCCUCGUGAGGGUGGGCGGGGCAACCUGGCCCGCAGGUGCAAGGAGGAGGAGUCUGCAGCUCUUAGCCCCUGCCCUUUUCUGAGACAAGAUACACACAAGCGGGCGUGUCCCACGCCUCCCUCCUCUUUCUCUCCCUCCUCCCCUCCUCCUCCUCCGCCACCAUGACGUGGUCGCCUUGCUGGUGGAGAACGUGAGAAAGUCUGGAAGGCGACCCUGCUCAGCCGGGGGACUCGGACCUGUCCCUGCUGGACCCGAAAACCCUCGCAGCGUGCUGGUCCCCAGAUGGCUUGAUGCCUGAGAGCAGCUACUGGCAGCUCUGCCCUCCCUCUAAGUCCAGCCUGCAGGGGGGGUUGCUGAGCUCUAGUUUCCCUCCCGGCCCCGUUCCCCUCGUGCCGCCCGAUGCCCACCUUCAGGACGGGGGCGACCCCCUGGACGGCCCCCACUCUCAGCCGCAGCAGCACCGGCCUCUGGCACCCAGCACCUCGGCGUCCGAGCUCUCCCUCCCCGGGGCGGCGGCCCCUCCCGGCCCGGCCCCGCCUCCCCCUCCUCCCCCGCCGCCCAAACGCCACUGUCGCUCUCUGUCGGUCCCGGAAGACCUGUCGCGCUGCCGCUACACUUGGCGGCCCAGCGCCUCGAGGGUUUGGACUCCCGUCAGUCGCCAGCAGUGCCACGGAGGAGUGGGCGCCGCCGGGGCUGCAGGCGCGGCGGCGGCAGGCGGCACCUGCCCGCUGCGCGCACCGAGCUCCUCCCUGAACUCGUCUCUGCACUCUUCGUCCAGCCCCACCUUCUUCAGCCUGGCGCUUUCCCCCGACUCGCCGCUGCCCUGGAACUUCCCCUGGGACCCCAGCGAGGCGGCGGCGGGGGGCGGCGCCUGUUGCUGUUUCUUCCCCUCGCCGUCCUCUUGCUCCUCGUCACCCUCGCCGCUCCACCCGCCGCCGCCUCCCCAGCGGCGUUUCUCCCUCUCUCCCGUGCUCAUCAGAGACUCGGCGGCCGCCGCCUUCCUGCCCCCGCCGCCCGUUCCCAGCCAAGCGGCGGCGCCUCCGCCAGGCUGCUGUGCGGCCGGCGGUGCGGCGGCGGGGGCCCCGGUGCCCGCCUCGCCCUCCUCUGCGUGCAGCACGCCGUCGUCCCUGCGCCGCAGCCUGCCUCCGCAGCUACCGCGGUGCCACUCGCAGCCCUGUGACCUGCUGCUGCUCAAGCCUGGGCUGAAGAGGCGGCGCGACCCCGACCGCCCCUGCGCCCGCCCCGUCCUCGACUUCACCAAGAUGACUCAGACCCGCAGCAUCGACCCGCAGUAUUUUGAGCGCGGCGGCAGGCUGGCCUGCGGCGGCGACCUCUUCAUCGGCAUGGAGUCCUUCAUGUCCGACUUCCGGGGCUCCUGCUCGCCCGCCGAGUGUCUGGGCAGGUCCAGCAUCGGCCCGCUGAGCGAAAGCGACGAGGAGUGCCGCGAGGACGACGACGACGACGGCGAGGAAGACGAGGACGAGGACGCGGACGAGCGCGAGGCGGCGCAGCAGCAGGCCGUCUUCGAGAGGGAUUGUACAGAACUGGACUUGAAUUUAAUCGAAGAAAACUGAUGUGUUUGUAAA